UGCGGCGCCGCCACCGCCGGCAACUUUGUGAGCGAGUUCAGUGCGUGCGUGAGCGAGUGAGCGAAAAAGGAGAGCGCGCGGCGGACCCACCCCGGACGCGCGGUGGCACCGGGAGGCCGGGCCGAGCGGUUCAGUUUUGAAUGUGAAUGGCAAUAAACCUAAUACCCAAGAUUUCUGUUUAAGAAGUAGAUCAGAAGGCCUACGCUUUCAGGUUCUGAGAGAAUACCUCAAGUUGGACUCAAAAGCAAGAUUUACUACUAACUUCGAAGUGGAAGAAGGUUAUUCACUAUUAAUAUGGAUGCUAUUGUCUAAAUUUCUGCAGCCAUGGCACAAGAAUAUAAGAAAGCAUGGGAUUGUGGCAAUCACAGAGUCCCAGUAAUACAAGUUCCGUUCAGUUUUUUCUGAAAGAAAGCUGUCUGUGAAAGCAAAGCAAAGGGAACCAUUGUGGAUUAUAAUGUUUUGAAGAUCUGGAUUUUCAGAGGUUUGGAAACAAGGCAUCAUUUCACCUUUUAAAUGAAAAAGAUUAAGAUCUCAUGCAACUGCUGUAUUCUCUGGAAACCGUUCUCCAAAAGGGAAGUGCACAUUUAAAACUUAGCUAUGAUGGUCCUUUGUGCAGGGAUUUGAGUCUGAUUGCUUCUCCAUCAUGACCAGCUUGAAACGGUCGCAGACAGAGCGGCCCGCUGCUCCCGAAAGGGCCUCAGUGGUGGCCACGGAUGGCGCUCCCAAAGUCCACACCGACGACUUCUACAUGCGGCGCUUCAGGUCCCAGAAUGGCAGCUUAGGGUCCUCGGUCAUGGCUCCGGUCGGGCCUCCCCGAAGUGAAGGUUCUCACCAUAUAACCUCCACCCCCGGAGUCCCCAAGAUGGGGGUUAGGGCUAGGAUUGCGGAUUGGCCCCCACGAAAGGAAAACGUCAAAGAAUCUAGCCGUUCAAGCCAGGAAAUAGAAACCUCAAGUUGCCUUGAGAGCCUGUCCUCCAAAAGCAGUCCUGUGAGUCAGGGGAGUUCUGUGAGCCUCAAUUCCAGUGACUCAGCCAUGCUGAAGAGCAUACAGAACACGCUGAAAAACAAGACGAGACCGGCGGAGAGCAUGGACUCCAGAUUUCUCAUGCCCGAAGCCUACCCCAGCUCCCCCAGGAAGGCGCUGCGCAGGAUCCGGCAGCGGAGCAACAGCGACAUCACCAUAAGUGAACUUGACGUGGAUAGCUUUGAUGAAUGUGUCUCGCCCACCUACAAGACUGGGCCGUCACUGCACAGGGAAUAUGGUAGCACCUCUUCCAUCGACAAGCAGGGAACGUCCGGGGAAAGCUUCUUCGAUCUGUUAAAGGGCUACAAAGACGACAAGUCCGAUCGCGGUCCAACUCCAACGAAGCUCAGUGACUUUCUCAUCGCCGGUGGGGGCAAGGGCUCCGGUUUCUCUCUGGAUGUUAUUGACGGGCCCAUCUCCCAGAGAGACAACCUCAGGCUCUUUAAGGAAAGGGAAAAACCACUCAAGCGCCGGUCCAAGUCCGAAACCGGAGACUCGUCCAUUUUUCGGAAAUUACGCAAUGCCAAAGGUGAGGAACUUGGAAAGUCGUCGGAUCUGGAGGAUAACCGGUCGGAAGACUCUGUCAGGCCCUGGACGUGCCCAAAGUGCUUUGCCCACUACGAUGUCCAGAGUAUAUUAUUUGACUUGAAUGAGGCGAUUAUGAACAGGCACAAUGUUAUCAAGAGGAGAAACACCACCACGGGGGCAUCAGCCGCUGCCGUGGCCUCCCUGGUCUCGGGACCUUUGUCCCACUCGGCCAGUUUUAGCUCCCCGAUGGGCAGCACCGAGGACCUCAAUUCCAAGGGGAGCCUCAGCAUGGACCAGGGAGAUGAUAAGAGCAACGAGCUGGUCAUGAGCUGUCCGUAUUUUCGGAACGAAAUUGGGGGAGAAGGUGAGAGGAAGAUCAGCCUGUCAAAAUCCAAUUCUGGCUCCUUUAGUGGGUGUGAAAGUGCCUCCUUUGAGUCUACGCUUAGUUCCCAUUGCACAAACGCGGGGGUGGCUGUCCUCGAGGUGCCCAAGGACGGCCUCGUGCUGCAUCUGGACAGGGUGAAGAGGUAUAUCGUGGAGCACGUGGACCUGGGCGCGUACUAUUACAGGAAGUUCUUCUACCAGAAGGAACACUGGAACUACUUUGGGGCCGAUGAGAAUCUUGGUCCAGUGGCUGUGAGCAUUCGAAGAGAAAAACCAGAAGAAACGAAGGAAAAUGGAUCUCCAUACAACUACCGAAUAAUUUUUAGAACCAGUGAGCUCAUGACACUGAGAGGCUCAGUCCUGGAGGACGCCAUUCCCUCAACAGCCAAGCACUCGACAGCCAGAGGACUGCCCCUGAAGGAAGUGCUGGAGCAUGUGAUUCCGGAGCUCAAUGUCCAGUGCUUGAGGCUGGCCUUCAACACUCCCAAGGUCACGGAGCAACUCAUGAAACUGGAUGAGCAAGGGCUGAACUAUCAGCAGAAGGUGGGCGUCAUGUACUGCAGAGCUGGGCAGAGCACUGAAGAAGAGAUGUACAACAAUGAGUCUGCCGGCCCGGCGUUUGAGGAAUUCCUUCAGCUCUUGGGAGAACGUGUUCGGCUCAAAGGAUUUGAGAAGUAUCGUGCACAGCUUGACACCAAAACUGACUCCACUGGAACCCAUUCUCUGUACACAACAUACAAAGACUAUGAAAUCAUGUUCCAUGUUUCCACCAUGCUGCCGUACACGCCAAACAACAAGCAGCAGCUCCUACGGAAGCGGCACAUUGGAAAUGAUAUUGUCACAAUUGUUUUCCAAGAGCCGGGAGCACAGCCGUUCAGCCCCAAAAACAUCCGCUCUCACUUCCAGCACGUGUUCGUCAUCGUGCGUGUCCACAACCCCUGCAGUGACGGGGUCUGUUACAGUGUGGCUGUCACCAGGUCCAGAGACGUGCCUUCCUUUGGACCUCCCAUCCCCAAAGGGGUCACUUUCCCUAAGUCAAAUGUGUUCAGGGACUUCCUUUUGGCCAAAGUGAUUAACGCAGAAAAUGCUGCUCAUAAAUCAGAAAAGUUUCGGGCCAUGGCCACUCGGACCCGCCAGGAAUACCUGAAAGAUCUGGCAGAGAAGAAUGUCACCAACACCCCUAUUGACCCAUCUGGCAAGUUCCCAUUCAUCUCUCUGGCCUCCAAGAAGAAGGAGAAGUCUAAACCAUAUCCAGGAGCUGAGCUCAGUAGCAUGGGGGCCAUCGUGUGGGCCGUCCGAGCCAAGGACUACAACAAGGCCAUGGAAAUGGACUGCCUGUUAGGGGUGUCCAACGAGUUCAUCGUUCUCAUCGAGCAGGAAACCAAGAGUGUGGUUUUCAACUGUUCCUGCAGAGAUGUGAUAGGGUGGACCUCAACUGACACCAGCCUCAAAAUCUUCUACGAGCGAGGAGAAUGCGUUUCAGUGGAGAGUUUAAUUAAUAAUGAGGACAUUAAAGAGAUCGUCAAAAGGUUGCAGUUUGUAUCCAAAGGUUGUGAAUCGGUGGAGAUGACUCUGCGGAGGAACGGGCUGGGGCAGCUUGGCUUCCACGUCAACUACGAGGGCAUCGUGGCAGACGUGGAGCCCUACGGCUACGCCUGGCAGGCGGGGCUGAGGCAGGGCAGCCGGUUGGUAGAGAUCUGCAAGGUGGCGGUGGCCACCCUGAGCCACGAGCAGAUGAUCGAUCUCCUGAGAACAUCUGUCACGGUGAAGGUUGUCAUCAUCCCCCCGCACGAUGACUGCACCCCACGGAGGAGCUGCUCAGAAACCUACCGUAUGCCAGUGAUGGAAUACAAGAUGAAUGAAGGGGUUUCCUACGAAUUCAAGUUUCCCUUUCGAAAUAAUAACAAAUGGCAGAGGAAUGCCAACAAGGGGACUCAUUCACCUCAAGUCCCCUCCCAGGUGCAGAGUCCCAUGACCUCGAGGCUGAACACUGGGAAAGGAGAUGGAAAGAUGCCUCCUCCGGAAAGAGCUGCCAACAUCCCUCGAAGCAUCUCCAGUGAUGGGCGCCCACUGGAGCGGCGGCUGUCUCCCGGUUCAGACAUCUACGUGACGGUCUCCUCCAUGGCUCUGGCAAGGUCCCAGCCCUGCCGCAACUCCCCUAGCAACCUGUCUUCAUCCAGCGAGCCUGGCUCCGGUGGAGGCACUUACAGGCAGAAGUCCAUGCCUGAAGGGUUUGGAGUCAGCCGCAGGUCGCCCGCCUCCAUCGACAGGCAGAACACCCAGUCGGAUAUUGGCGGCAGCGGGAAAUCCACACCCAGCUGGCAAAGAAGCGAGGAUAGCAUUGCUGACCAAAUGGCUUACAGUUAUAGAGGACCUCAGGAUUUCAAUUCUUUUGUCCUCGAGCAGCAUGAAUAUACAGAGCCGACGUGCCAUCUCCCCGCAGUAUCAAAGGUACUGCCUGCUUUCCGAGAGAGCCCCAGUGGGAGAUUGAUGCGGCAGGAUCCGGUGGUCCAUUUGUCUCCAAACAAACAAGGGCAUUCCGAUAGCCACUACUCAAGCCACUCCAGCAGCAAUACCCUCUCCAGCAACGCAUCGAGCGCCCACAGCGACGAGAAGUGGUAUGACGGGGACCGCACCGAAUCCGAACUCAACAGCUACAACUAUCUGCAGGGCACCUCUGCCGACAGCGGCAUCGACACCACCUCCUAUGGCCCCAGCCACGGCAGCACGGCCUCCCUGGGGGCCGCCACGUCAUCCCCUCGCUCGGGGCCAGGCAAGGAGAAGGUGGCCCCCCUGUGGCACAGUUCCAGCGAAGUGAUCUCCCUGGCAGAUCGGACUUUAGAGACAGAGAGCCUCGGCAUGGAGCGGAAGGCAGAGUCCUCCCUGAGCCUGGAUAUCCACAGCAAGAGCCAGGCUGGCUCAAACCCGCUGACCAGGGAGAACAGCACUUUCAGCAUAAACGAUGCCGCUUCCCACACAAGUACCAUGAGCUCUCGACACUCUGCCAGCCCAGUGGUCUUCACCAGUGCCAGAAGUUCCCCCAAAGAAGAGCUCCAUCCUGCCACCUCGCAGCUCGCACCUUCCUUCCCCUCCUCCUCCUCCUCCUCUUCAUCUGGCCCUAGGACCUUCUACCCUCGCCAGGGCGCAACCAGCAAGUACCUGAUUGGGUGGAAGAAACCCGAAGGAACCAUAAACUCUGUGGGAUUUAUGGACACGAGAAAGCGCCAUCAGAGUGACGGCAACGAGAUGGCCCACACCAGGCUGCGCGCCUCAACCAGGGACCUCCGGGCGUCCCCCAAGCCGGCCUCCAAGUCCACCAUCGAGGAGGACCUCAAGAAACUCAUCGACUUGGAAAGCCCAACUCCUGAAUCCCAGAAGAACUUUAAGUUCCAGGCGCUCUCCUCGCCCCAGUCGCCUUUUCCUGCCACGCCCACGGCAAGACGGGCCCUGCACCGCACGCUGUCCGAUGAGAGCAUCUACAGCGGCCAGAGGGAGCACUUCUUUGCCUCCAGGGCAUCACUUCUGGACCAAGCCCUGCCCAAUGACGUCCUCUUCAGCAGCACGUACCCUUCCCUGCCCAAGUCUCUCCCGCUGCGGAGGCCUUCUUACACCUUGGGGAUGAAGUCGCUGCAUGGAGAGUUCUCGGCCUCAGACAGCUCCCUCACCGACGUCCAGGAGACCCGAAGGCCUCCCAUGCCUGACCCUGGCCUGAUGCCCCUGCCCGACACGGCUGCGGAUUUAGAUUGGUCCAACCUGGUGGAUGCGGCCAAGGCCUACGAGGUCCAAAGAGCCUCCUUCUUUGCUGCUACUGACGAAGGCCACCGGCCCUUGAGUGCUGCAUCCAACAGUGACCAGCUCGAGGAGCAGGCUCUGGCCCAGAUGAAGUCCUACAGCAGGAGCAACGACUGUGAUCAUAGAAUGGGCUCUGGAAACCUGCAUGUCCCAGUGUGCAAUUCCAGCACGGCGUUUUCUGAAUCCUUUUGUGGCCAGCCAGAGGAUUCUGCUGCAGAAAUGACUGAUGUGCUAUUUUUCCUGUCUAGUGAUGCAGCUGCCCUGGGCCUCUGGCCAUCGUCCCAAGGCCCGCAGGCCUGCAGACGGACACACCAGGCCCACCAGUGUUGAGGGACCCAGGGAGCCCUGGGCCUUGUUUCUUGCCUUCAUAAAAAUGUCAUGAAGCUGCCACCUGUGUCCCUUCAGUGGCAACUCUGAUGUAGGGAACAUUCUGCGAUGUCAUCUGCUCGGAAGCUCCCUGCCCCAAGUAAUCUCAACUCCUUCCUCCAUCCCCGAAAGACACAGGAUGGAUUUUCUCUCUCCUCCCCCUGCCCCCUCCUCCAGAUUUUUACAGUUUCAUUCAUGAUUGUGAUUUUUCCAGAGAAUUAUUCUUUUUUUGGGGGGGGGGUGACAUAUCCAUCCUGGAAAUAGGAAGAUUUCGGAGUGCUCUGUAAAGAUCUCAAUUGUCUGUCUCUUUCUCUCUUUGACUUGUAUGAAGGAGAUUGUUACAUUGCCUGGUAUCUCUUUGUAAAUGAGAAAGAUCGCUGACCUCCACGCAUUCUGAAGUCUUGCUUAUCCUUCUGAGUUCAGUUUUUAUUUUGUCUUUCAUUUGUUUGGGGACUUGGGGCAAGCUAUUUAUUAGAGUUUUGCAACAGAAUCUUGUUUGAAGCCUUUAAAGACUACUUGUAAAAUUCAAACAAUAAAAUUCAUUUUAAACACUCUUUUAAAA